UCCCCUCCUCCUCAGGGUUCUCACACAGAGUAUCAGUGUUGAUCCUUUAGAUUUGUUUAAGUGUAGAGCUGCUCAGAUGGAAAUGUGACUCCAGUAGUGUGAAGCUGGGGAAGUUUAUUACCACUGUAAUCAGAGUUACUUGGGCACAUCGGGGCGCAGCUGGACAGAUCGGACACACUCAGAGGAUGGAGGGGGGAUCUCCAGUCAAGUUAUCAGUGGCUGAACUGGCUGGGAAGUUCAAAAGUCAUCCACUGCCAAUGCCAAGGAAUGACGAGAGAAAACCUGUUCAAAGGAGCCCUCCGUGUUCUUUGCAGUUACAUGACCAGAUGGAUAGUGAGAGUGAGAAGGAGAAAGCGACUAUUCCACCUCAACCUCCCCCCAGGGCCAAGCUGAAGAAUUCUCCUCUCAUUGAGAAACUGCAGGCCAAUCCCAUAUUGUCACCUACUAUACUGCUCAACUCAAAAAGUCUAGAAGGGAAGCAACCGGCUGUACCAUUCUGUCCCAUCAGCCCCUGCGGUCCCCAGAGUCCCACCCUGAGGCCCCCUCAGCAGCACGGUGCCAAUGAGGUGCCCAUCAGCUUCGAGCAACCAGCUGAGGGCACCACACUGCCCAACUUCAGCAAGAGUCGAGUCCGACUGUCUUUCAAGCGGCGACCACCCACUCGCCAGCACCGGAAGUCAGUAGGUGAAGAGGGGGCUCCAGACACACCUGAGGAAAACAGGUCUCCAUGUGAUCUGCACAGUCCUGAUAACGCUCCUGACAAGAAUGACAAUACAAAGGAUGCACUGAAUGUUCCUCAGGAGGAGACACACGAGAGCCAGGAAGACUCCAAUCCUCUCAUUACUGUAGAAGACACAGAGCUGCAGGAAGAGCACAAUGAUAUGAGCAAGGACAAUGAAGGGACUGAAGACACUGAAGAGGAGAACAAGGAAGAGGUAGCCGAGGAAAAGAGCUCAGGAAAUCCUGAAGCUUCAGACAACCAACAAGAGGAAAAGGCACUUGAGGAACAUAGCACAGAGGAGAUGGAAGGAUCAAAAAAAGAAGAAGAAACUUCAGGAGAAUCUACUGAAGAGAACAUGGAUGCCGAGGAUCAAGCUGGAGACUGAGAUGGACAAACAUAUAGCUGUGAAAAGUGGAGAGUGCAGUGGAGGAAGGAAGAACACUGGCCAAAUGCAGAGACUUGUACUUUAUAAAGUUGGACCUGGAUUUAUGCUCUAAGCCCUCGUGUAUCAACAGUGUUGCCACUACCACAGCUGUUAACAAGCCUUGCAUGGUCGACCAUCUAACAGUGGCCUAGGAAUACUCCAGUAUUUUCAGAGUAUGAGCAGAAAACUAAGUGUGUAUUAAAUUUCGGGAGGAUAUAAA